UUAAUUUUCGUAAGGGUAAGAGUGAAGUUUUUCACGAUUUAUACAUACUUAUACAUACUUAUCAGGGCUCAACAUAAAGGACUGCCCGGGGCCAGUGUGAGAGACAUUCGGGCCAGUAAACAGUAUUGUCACUUGCCCGAUCAGGCCAGUACUUUUCUCCCAGUCACUAAAAUAUAUUUUCUGUAUGUAUUAUGUAAUGUUACCACAGAGAGACAUUUUAAGCAUUGCAAAUGUUAACUUCUCAGAUAAUCUUCUAUCUGGUCCACUGAACUUUAUUGCCAAUUGUCUGAACAAAUAAUGAAUAAAUUGUAAAUUUAAACAAUUAUAUUCGACUUUGGAAUUAUUAUUUUAAAUAUGUGACACUAAUAUAUUUUUUUGAUGGGGCCAAUAAAAAUUUUGGCAGGGCAAGUGAAAACCUGAACCACUGGCCCAACUGGGCCAGUAUAAAAAAUUCUGUGUUGAGCCCUGCUUAUGCUACUUGUUUAUGAUAAUGUAAUGAUAGCAACAUAUUUAUGAAGUUGAGGCUUAUGGAAGAGGGUCUAUGAUGCUGUACCCACCAUGGUAAUAAUGAUAAAAGCAUGUUAAGCUACCCUGUGGUUUGAUAUUGCUCUCAUCUUAGUCAAGUAAUCCAUCAGAGUGAAUUGUGUGUGUGUCAGCAUAGUAUCAGUUAGACAUUUAUUUUUACAUAGAGGCCUAUCCAGCUUUCAUUUUGCAUGUGAAGAGUUUGGUUCCAAAACGAGAUAACUCAGUUUUUUUGUUAUUCAAAAAUCUUGUUUUUUGAUUGUGCAUUCCAAUCAAACUGCAGUUGGUUUGUUUUGAUUUAAGCCUUCAUAACUAAAAAAAAUACAGCUAUGUGUAGCACAAUAAAAACAUGAUUAUAAACAUGUUUCGACAAAGAAAUUCAAAACAGAGUCAUCUCGUUUUGGAACCAAACUCUUCGGGGUGCUUUCCCGGACAGGGAUUAGUUUAAGCAAUAAACAAUAAACUUAUGUGCAUUUUGAGGCAAAACAAAGGGCACUGAUGUAUUUUAAAAUAUGUCAGUGCAAGUUGUUUUCAGUUUGGACAGCUCUUACAUUUAUUUUAGUCUAGGAUUAGUCUAAUCCCUGAAAACCGCCCCUUUAUGUGCACUUUUGUCCCACAAACAUUCACAUUAUUUAAAUGCGCUACAGUUUUCCUCUGUUUGCUUGUCUGCUUGGUAAACCUAAGGAAAAGCACAGUUUCUGUUUUUUUUAAUCGUUCCAUAUUGCAAUGUGAUACUGAACAUUUUGUCAUCAGAAUAAGUCAGGAUGUUCGGAUAUUCAUGUUCAGAUUUUGGUUAUGUGUCAGAUUUUUAAAAAUCAGCAAGUUAGCAGUUGCUGAAGUACAAAUUUAAGCUUUAUUAUAUGUUGACAACAAAGCAGAACAUCUGGCACAGAGGUUAGGCAUUUAAACAAAUCUUAAAUCUUUUUGAGUGUAAGGGUGCUUUUUCUUUGUAUUAUAGAUAAAACGAUUAAUUCUUUUUUAUUAUAUAUUUAUGUGUUAGGUAAGUUAGUACAAUCUUAAAAAUAAAGGUGCAAGGUUCUUAACGUUACAACAAUGCCAUAGAAGAAACAUUUUGAUUCCUCAAAGAACCGCUUCUUUCAUACCAUUUCAUAAUCUAAAGAACCCUUGUAAUACUCUUAAAAAUUAAGGUGCUUUAUGAUAUCAUAUAAGAACCAUUAAUGGCUAAAUGGUUUCAUAGAAAAUCUUUAGAAUCUGAAGUGUCUUAAGCAGGUCUUUGUAGUAAAAAUGGUUCUUCAAAUUAUAAAAAUGUAUGAAAAAUGGUUCUUUAAACAAUUAAUGGUUCUGUAGGGAAUCGAAAAUGGUUCUUCUAUCUAUGGCAUUGUUGUGUAAAGAACUUUUAAAGCACCUUUAUUUUUAGGAGUAAGCAUUUUUUGAAACAGAAAGUUUCUGUAAAGGUUCUUUAUAAAACCAUUCAGUCAAAAAAAAAUUUUUAUGGCACCUUUAUUUUUAAGAGUGUAAUUACAUUGUCACAACUAUUUAACAUACAUUUACAUAACACUUAGUUACAAAUAUAAAUACUCCACAAAUGUGUUUAAGGAAUAGUCUUCUGUAAAACAUUAAAAUAAAGGAAAAACAAAGAGGGGGCAUCUCCAACACAUCUUCACCAAAUGACAACUGAUCAGGCUGUCUCAAAUAUGUCGUCUUUUAUUGCCAUAUUAUCUAUUACAUUGUAAUCAGUGAACAAGACAGUUUUUCCGUAAAGUGCACCUAUUUUUAUAGCUAAAAAACGUUAUUUUGUGUAUUUGGUGUAAUACAAUGUGUUUGCGUGGUUUAUGGUUAAAAAUGCAUUAUUUACCACACACUGUACAUUUUUGUAGCUCUAGAUUUCACCCGAAGAUUUGUAAAGCUCUGUGUCCCUGAUUGGCUAGCUAAUCUGUAGGUUGUGAUUGGCCUGAAUACUGCUGACGUCAGCCGGAAAUGUGACGCUCCUUACCAUGUUUGAAAGAUUCGGUUGCUAACUUACAGGCUGUGAGUCCGAAGCGGGAGGAAUUAUGAUAAUGUUGGUCUUGUCUACAUCACCAAUCCCAGGAAGUAAAAUGUUGCCUACAAUCCGUGUGUUUGUUGUAGUCCAAGAAAAAAGAAACAUUUGAGACGAUAUCUCACGUCAUCGUUUACUUUGGGGUUUGCACCUUUUGCAUAUCGUUAACGUACUACUACACACCUACACAACAAAGGAUAUUUAAAAAUGUGAAUCGGACAAUAAGUAUUCUUUAAAGGGGACAUAUCAUAAAAAUCUGACUUAGUGCUAUAAUUGGGUCCCUUGUCCUUCUAUCAACCUAGAAAAUGUGAAAAGAUUAACCCAGUAACUUAGUUUUGGUAAAUCAGUUACUGCAAGCAUGUGAAAAACAGCUCAUUGAAAUUUGGCUCCCCUUGUGAUGUCAGAAGUGGCUAAUACCGCCUCUUAAUCUGCACUAUCCAACCACGGCAAUGCUAUUUACUGCAGAGAUCAGCUCAUUUGCAUUUUAAAGGACACACCCCAAAAAAACAACAUUUUUGCUCACACCUACAAAGUGGCAAUUUUAACAUGCUGUAAUAAAGUAUCUAUAUGGUAUUUUAGGCAAAAACUUCACAUACAUAGCCUACUCUGGGGGCACCAACGAUUUAUUUGACAUCUUAAAAAAAUAUUGUGAAAUUUCCCCUUAAAAUGUCUAAAUAUAAACAAUUUGUUUAACAUAUAAAACAAAUCCACUGUGAAUUUUAUUGAUGUCUAAUUUAGGCAGCCUAAAACAUUUAAUAAAACUGUCCUAACGUCAACAUACUAUUUUAAAUUAGGUCUACACCUUAGCUUAUCAAAUUAAUCCAUUUAAAAUCGUUUUUCUAAGUUACAGCAACUCAUCACUAGUAAAAAAAAUUGGGAAAAACCGGUAUGAGAUCAUCAUACAAAUAACUGAAAAGGCUGUCACAAAAGCAGAAAGAUGCUCUCGCAGUGACGUCAGGUCGAUGAGAGAGGGGUUUGCCCCUCGCGCAUUAGGAGGGAACUACAGGAUGAGAGACGAGCUCGUGCUGGCCGCCACCCAAUAGACACCAACGAUUCGGAGCGCGAGCAGGACGACCUCAUCUCAAUCAAGAGGCCGAGGUACGAGCCUGUCCCUGACCUUAAUUCGGCUCGGAUGCUUUAGCAACGACAGGCACACUGAGCAGGCACGAGAGGAGAGUGUGGGACAGAGACGGAUAUUUGGGCUACAGCUCUCGCGCGUCCCGACUCUCGCAAUGGGAUGCACGUUAAGUGCAGAUGAGCGCGCGGCUCUGGAGCGGAGCAGAGCCAUCGAGAAAAACCUUAAAGAAGACGGAGUGAACGCAGCCAAAGAUGUGAAAUUACUGCUGCUCGGCGGCGGGGAGUCAGGCAAAAGCACCAUCGUCAAACAGAUGAAGAUUAUCCAUGAAGAUGGGUUCUCUGGAGAUGAUGUAAAGCAGUUCAAAACUGUGGUCUAUAGCAACACUAUUCAGAGCCUUGCUGCAAUCUUGCGAGCAGUGGAGACUCUUGGUAUAGAGUAUGGAGAAAAGGACAGAACUGCGGAUGCUAAAUUGGUAUUUGAUGUGGUCACUCGUAUGGAGGACACUGAGCCAUUCUCAGCAGAACUUUUGGCUGCUAUGAUACGUCUAUGGUCUGAUUCUGGAACUCAGGCCUGCUUCAGCCGAUCACGAGAGUACCAGCUCAACGACUCUGCCCAAUAUUACUUGGACAGUUUGCAACGCAUUGGAUCUCCAGAUUACCUUCCCACUGAACAGGAUAUUCUUAGAACUCGAGUCAAAACUACUGGCAUUGUUGAAACACAUUUCUCCUUUAAGAACCUCAAUUUUAGGCUGUUUGAUGUGGGGGGACAGAGAUCAGAGAGAAAAAAAUGGAUUCACUGCUUUGAGGAUGUGACGGCCAUUAUCUUCUGUGUUGCACUGAGUGGAUACGACCAAAUGCUGCAUGAAGAUGAGACCACAAACCGUAUGCAUGAGUCUCUUAUGCUCUUUGACUCCAUAUGUAACAAUAAGUUCUUUGUUGACACCUCCAUCAUUCUUUUCCUCAAUAAGAAGGACCUUUUUGGAGAAAAGAUUGUGAAAUCUCCACUGAAUAUUUGCUUCCCAGAAUACACGGGUCCAAAUACAUUUGAAGCGGCAACUGCAUAUGUAGAGGUUCAGUUCCAGAGUAAGAAUCGCUCUCCUAAUAAAGAGAUUUACUGUCAUCUUACCUGUGCUACUGACACAGGAAACAUUCAAGUGGUCUUUGAUGCUGUCACUGACAUCAUCAUCGCCAAUAACCUGCGUGGGUGUGGCCUCUAUUGAGCUCCAGAUCCACCUGUUGCUCUUUGAAAUGGUAAUGAGUGACUGAACUGGCACCCCAUGAAUUUGGCCAAGGCGUCCCUGUUUUAUUUUAGUUUUGUUGUUUGUUGAUCCUUUCUUUGACUGUUUUCUUUUGUAGUUUGUAAGAACAUUGCUGGAGUAAACAAUGUAUGGGUAUGCAUGUGUAGCAUAAAAUGUGUGUGGCCGGGCAUAGAUGCUUUAAGCAUGAGUGCAUGUGUGUGAGUGUCAGUCAUAUAAUAACACACAAAGUUCUCUGCUGUUUAUGUUCAGUUGGCAGACUUUCAGGGCUUUUCAAAAAACGUACAUCUAAAAAUAUCUAUGAAAUACGAGUGACUGAUGAUGGCUAAUCAUGUGGCUGAAUGUCAUUUCAUAAACUGAAUGUUGUCCAGGGGCAGCUCUUAAGCCAAAGUUGUUUGAGAACCAAGCAUUGUUCCCCUUAAUGGGCCUGUGCUCACUGGCUUCAGGCUGUGACAUAAAAUGCCUUACAGCUAAUGAAGCACAAAGUGUGAUAUUGACAACAUUCUCACUCAACAUGAGCACAAAUAGUUACAAAAAGUUUCAGUUGUUUAUUUCUGUGCAGAUGAUGCUGUAGUUUAUUAUUUUCUUAUUAAACUGUAAGCGCAUGUAUAUACAUAUUUUGUAUAGCACCACACUUUCUGCACCCUGUCGGUACAAGUACAAUAAAUACUGGCUAAUAUGAAUACAAAUGAACUAGCUUACAGAUGUUAGGUUGAAAUAAGUAUGCAUAUUACAGUAAUACAGUAAGUCAUAUAUAACUGAUUACUGAAUUACUAGGUGAAAAAACUGACCGUUUUUUUUUUUAUCUCACUCUGAUUGUGUAAUAUGUGAGUGUGUACAGAUGUGUGUGUGUGAGUUAUGCAUGCACAGUCUAUUCACCUAUGACCUGUUACUUAACCCAGAUUUCUUUUCCAGUUUACCCCUCUUUUUUUUCUUUGCGGUGAAUGGAUUUUUUUGUUUGGUGCACUGAAUGUUCUCUUUUCCUCCCUUGGGGUGUACAGCACUGUACUGCUGGUUUUAAUCUUCUGACUGACCAAUGAAAUGUUUACAUUAAAAAAAGAGAAAACACUAGCA